AUGUCUUCGGAUACCAAGUACUUUAAUAGUUCACGGCUGAUGUCGGCCUCUGGGAAGAAUAAGACGAAUAACAUACCAAGACUGGAUAAGAAAAGAGCUCAGGCAGACAAGAAGAAUAAAGUGAGACAGGAAACUUCGGAUAUACCACAGAUGCAAACGUUACCGAACGGUGGGAAACCUGAUUUUGGUCAUUCGAGUUCUCGAAGAAAGAAAAGACAGGGUUCUGCGGAAAAGAGAAGUUCUUCUGCUGGUUCUAAACAAAAUAAUCAGGGUGAAACCGAUAAACUGACCCGGGAUCUUAAACAGCUUUUCAUCAAGCCUGAGGACGUUAAGACGACUAAAGACCUAGACAAUGUUAAGAAUGGCCCUAAACUCGGGGCAAAUGCAUCCAGAUCAAGCUCUGGUUCAAGCAAUCACUCUUCCGCCCAGCAGCCUCCUCAUACCAGUGGGGCUCCUGUUGCUGUAGCACCAGAUAACUAUCAAAAUCAAAAUUCGGUUUCUUCACCACUGUUGAUGCAUCCCGGUUUAUUUCCCGCACCACCACUACCUUCUUCAGCUCCACAGCAACCACAAAUGGCACCCUUUGGAUACCCUUAUGGUAAUUAUUCGCUGACCUCGGCUGUCGCUCCGCAAUUCAUGACUCCACAAGCACCAUUGGUCAAUCCAAUGUACCCUCAGCCUCCAUUGGCACAAUUGCCUCUGAUGUACAAAGCUCUGGAUAUCCAGCAACAGCAACAGCAUCAGCAAUAUCAACAGUCCCAUCAAAGUAAUAAUCAAAUUCAACCUCAACAGUUUUCACAAUUUCAACAGCCUCCACAUCAACCUUCACCCCAAUUCCACCAUAUUCCUCAAACACUUCCUUAUCUGGUCCCACCAAUGUCAUCAUAUCCAAAAUCUUCCGAAUCUACUGCUGUCAAGCCACUCUCAAUUCCUGAAAAGCCAAAAACAAACUACAACCAACGAAACAAGACAAGUACUACAUUUGCAGGCGCAUCAUUUGCAUCUAGUGAUCCGAAAGUACACAAGCUACCGAAGCCCAGCUUCACCAAAGCCUAA